GGAAAAGGGGAAAGAAAGAGGGGCAGAGGAGGGAAGGCGACAGCAGUCCGAAAGGAGCUUUUGAAAGCUAGGACCCUAAGCGUCAGGACGUGGCAUUGGUCGAGAGAAAGCCUGGGCUGGCAAGAGCUGCCGCCGGCGCUGGGAGAGCAUUUAUUUGGGAGAAAAAGAGGGGAGAGAGCAGAGGGAGGGGGAGGAAGAGAGUUCAAACCGAAGUGGAUGGAAGGGGACUGGGGUUUCUGCCGCGCAGGGAGCCGUGAGCCAGGGCGAUGGCGCUAAGGACGGCGCGGAGCAGCUGCGCUCCCGAGAACGCGUCUCCUCGAAGAGGACUAGCAGGCAUCGGGAAGGUCUGCGCCAACGGGAACCAACUUGUGGCUCCAAAAUGUACCCAACGCAGCUGGAAAUGAGAUCAAAGCUGCAGUUGCAUUUGAGAAGGAUGAGAAGAGCCAGCGAUUAGGGAAUUUUUUUUUAACCCGUUUUCUUCCUUUUUCUUUUUUUCUUUCUUUUUUCGUGUGUGUUUUUUUUUAAUUUGCCUACCACGUUGUCUGUCCCCUCACUUCGCCCUCCCCAUUUGAAAUAAAAGCCCCAGUCUCAACUUCCAUCACCUCGGCGCUCCGGGAACCACUGCCGGCUGAUGGAGGAGAAGGGGACCCGGGGGCUGGCAGGGGCCACCUGCGAAGGACCGCAUCCCGCGUCUCCCCCGUGAUCCCGGCCCCGACCGCGGAGUUCUGCAACACCCGGAGGAGCUGGACCGGGUGCCGGGGGUGGGGGCGGGGACAGAGGAAGGAAAGGCACCCCGAGCCUUAAAAAGAAAAAAAAAAAAAAAGUAGCGGGGGGAGGAAUGGGUUUCUUCUUGACAGCUGACGGAGCCUUGAAAUUUUCCUCCACUACCUCCGCCCCCGCCCCCGCCCCCGCCCCCCGCACUCCAUUUAACGUGAGAUUAUGAAAUUGCAGAGGCGGUGGAGGGAAGGAGACAGGAUAUAACCGGAGUUUGGAGGGGAGAGGGGAAGGUGGCUGGCCGGGUGGCUGAAAUCAAAAAUUCAAUUGCGCACUGGGUUGUGAUGAGAAAUCUAAUCAGAUCUUUGGCGAAGGGGCCGGCCGGAAGGAUGGCGAGUGGGGGGGAAGUUGCUCCCCAAAUUCUUCGAAGGGGAGGCUGGGGAGAGGAAUUGACGAUGUAAAAGGAGACUUUUUUUUUGGUGGUGGUGGCUGUUGGGUGCCUUGCAAAAAUGAAGGAUGCGGGACGCAGCUCUCUCCUGGAACCGAACGCAAUGGAUAAACUGAUUGUGCAAGAGAGAAGGAAGAACGAAGCUUUUUCUUGUGAGCCCUGGAUCUUAACACAAAUGUGUAUAUGUGCACACAGGGAGCAUUCAAGAAUGAAAUAAACCAGGGUUAGACCCGCGGGGGUUGGUGUGUUCUGACAUAAAUAAAUAAUCUUAAAGCAGCUGUUCCCCUCCCCCCACAAAAAAAGGAUGAUUGGAAAUGAAGAACCGAGGAUUCACAAAGAAAAAAGUAUGUUCAUUUUUCUCUAUAAAGGAGAAAGUGAGCCAAGGAGAUAUUUUUGGAAUGAAAAGUUUGGGGCUUUUUUUAGCAAAGUAAAGAACUGGUGUGGUGGUGUUUUCUUUUCUUUUUGAAUUUCCCACAAGAGGAGAGGAAAUUAAUAAUACAUCUGCAAAGAAAUUUCAGAGAAGAAAAGUUGACCGCGGCAGAAUGAGGCAUUGAUUGGGGGAGAGAAACCAGCAGAGCACAGUUGGAUUUGUGCCUAUGUUGACUAAAAUUGACGGAUAAUUGCAGUUGGAUUUUUCUUCAUCAACCUCCUUUUUUAAAAUUUUUAUUCUUUUUGGUAUCAAGAUCAUGCGUUUUCUCUUGUUCUUAACCACCUGGAUUUCCAUCUGGAUGUUGCUGUGAUCAGUCUGAAAUACAAUUGGCAAACGCACUGCCUAUUUACAGCAUAGAGACCCCAGUGGAGAGCUAGUUUAGAAACAGCCUCAUGUUCCCUGCUUGACUCAAGAGAUGACUUUCCUUGGGAUUCACUUAUCUUACUGUUUGAAUUCCAGAAGGACCAACACCAGAUAAAUUAUGAAUGUUGAACAAGAUGACCUUACAUCCACAGCAGAUAAUGAUAGGUCCUAGGUUUAACAGGGCCCUAUUUGACCCCCUGCUUGUGGUGCUGCUGGCUCUUCAACUUCUUGUGGUGGCUGGUCUGGUGCGGGCUCAGACCUGCCCUUCUGUGUGCUCCUGCAGCAACCAGUUCAGCAAGGUGAUUUGUGUUCGGAAAAACCUGCGUGAGGUUCCGGAUGGCAUCUCCACCAACACACGGCUGCUGAACCUCCAUGAGAACCAAAUCCAGAUCAUCAAAGUGAACAGCUUCAAGCACUUGAGGCACUUGGAAAUCCUACAGUUGAGUAGGAACCAUAUCAGAACCAUUGAAAUUGGGGCUUUCAAUGGUCUGGCGAACCUCAACACUCUGGAACUCUUUGACAAUCGUCUUACUACCAUCCCGAAUGGAGCUUUUGUAUACUUGUCUAAACUGAAGGAGCUCUGGUUGCGAAACAACCCCAUUGAAAGCAUUCCUUCUUAUGCUUUUAACAGAAUUCCUUCUUUGCGCCGACUAGACUUAGGGGAAUUGAAAAGACUUUCAUACAUCUCAGAAGGUGCCUUUGAAGGUCUGUCCAACUUGAGGUAUUUGAACCUUGCCAUGUGCAACCUUCGGGAAAUCCCUAACCUCACACCGCUCAUAAAACUAGAUGAGCUGGAUCUUUCUGGGAAUCAUUUAUCUGCCAUCAGGCCUGGCUCUUUCCAGGGUUUGAUGCACCUUCAAAAACUGUGGAUGAUACAGUCCCAGAUUCAAGUGAUUGAACGGAAUGCCUUUGACAACCUUCAGUCACUAGUGGAGAUCAACCUGGCACACAAUAAUCUAACAUUACUGCCUCAUGACCUCUUCACUCCCUUGCAUCAUCUAGAGCGGAUACAUUUACAUCACAACCCUUGGAACUGUAACUGUGACAUACUGUGGCUCAGCUGGUGGAUAAAAGACAUGGCCCCCUCCAACACAGCUUGUUGUGCCCGGUGUAACACUCCUCCCAAUCUAAAGGGGAGGUACAUUGGAGAGCUUGACCAGAAUUACUUCACAUGCUAUGCUCCAGUGAUUGUGGAGCCCCCUGCAGACCUCAAUGUCACUGAAGGCAUGGCAGCUGAGCUGAAAUGUCGGGCCUCCACAUCCCUGACAUCUGUAUCUUGGAUUACUCCAAAUGGAACAGUCAUGACACAUGGGGCGUACAAAGUGCGGAUAGCUGUGCUCAGUGAUGGUACGUUAAAUUUCACAAAUGUAACUGUGCAAGAUACAGGCAUGUACACAUGUAUGGUGAGUAAUUCCGUUGGGAAUACUACUGCUUCAGCCACCCUGAAUGUUACUGCAGCAACCACUACUCCUUUCUCUUACUUUUCAACCGUCACAGUAGAGACUAUGGAACCGUCUCAGGAUGAGGCACGGACCACAGAUAACAAUGUGGGUCCCACUCCAGUGGUCGACUGGGAGACCACCAAUGUGACCACCUCUCUCACGCCACAGAGCACAAGGUCGACAGAGAAAACCUUCACCAUCCCAGUGACUGAUAUAAACAGUGGGAUCCCAGGAAUUGAUGAGGUCAUGAAGACUACCAAAAUCAUCAUUGGGUGUUUUGUGGCCAUCACACUCAUGGCUGCAGUGAUGCUGGUCAUUUUCUACAAGAUGAGGAAGCAGCACCAUCGGCAAAACCAUCACGCCCCAACAAGGACUGUUGAAAUUAUCAAUGUGGAUGAUGAGAUUACGGGAGACACACCCAUGGAAAGCCACCUGCCCAUGCCUGCUAUCGAGCAUGAGCACCUAAAUCACUAUAACUCAUACAAAUCUCCCUUCAACCACACAACAACAGUUAACACAAUAAAUUCAAUACACAGUUCAGUGCAUGAACCGUUAUUGAUCCGAAUGAACUCUAAAGACAAUGUACAAGAGACUCAAAUCUAAAACAUUUACAGAGUUACAAAAAACAAACAAUCAAAAAAAAAGACAGUUUAUUAAAAAUGACACAAAUGACUGGGCUAAAUCUACUGUUUCAAAAAAGUGUCUUUACAAAAAAACAAAAAAGAAAAGAAAUUUAUUUAUUAAAAAUUCUAUUGUGAUCUAAAGCAGACAAAAUUAUGUGUAUUCCUCAGAACCUGUUUUUGCUGCACUUAUUCACUAUUUUCCCACAUCUCAUUCCUCCCUUCCCUGAUUGCCAUAUUUUUCAUAGCAGAUCUCAAUUCCUUAAAGAACUGGUCUAGGAAAUUUUGUAAGAAUUCUGUUACACUUUGAGAUUUUUAUGGUGAAUUCUAGUGGUGAGAUCCAGUCUAUUUUGUCUCCCUCUCUUUUUUUAAUUUUUUUCUUUUUUCCUCAUACCCAUAUGAAGUAAUCCAAUGGGGAAUGCAAUAUUAGAAAUAGAUUUUUAAGAGAGAACAAGGAAAAAAAAUGCAAGAUCUUAUAUUUUUCAUGUAAUGACCUGUUCUGUAUUUAUGAGGAAGACCAUUCUAUGGAAAAGAAAAGAAAGUAAGCAAACAACAGAUUAAUUUACAUAUGAGCAUCUAUAAAACCCAUGACUUCUUUUAAACAACUCUAGAACCAGAAUUUGUAGUUAAAAAGCUAAAAAUAAGAUUAUAAAUAAAAUAUUGUUGGUUUUUCUGUACCUGGACACAACUCAUUUGUAGUAUGGCUCAAAUGUGAGAAACUUGAAGGUAAUUAGAUUUUCUGCUUUCUAAGAAAGAAAAUACUACAGUAUUCUUUAGUCACAAAAUCAAUCUCUACAGGGUCCUGUUUGACUAGUUGACUUGAGUUUUAGAUCUAUGUUUAAGGAUGCUGUGGUAUUUUUUCCUUCUCAUUAGGCUUACCCUUUGUAGAAUGCUCAGAUUCAAAAAUAAUGAUUUUGUGAAGUAAAUUUAAUUCUACUUGAAAGGAAGUUUCAGUAUAAUUUAUUUACUGUCUCCUAAACAUAAUUUCAUUGGCCAGAUGAACUAUAACUGCGAAACAUGAAAGUAUUCUAAAUCAUCUAGAGCUGAAAAAGAAUAUUUAGUGAUGAGUGUUAGCAAAUUCAGUUCAAUUCAAUGAUAAUUAUUAAAGACCUACUGUGUGCAAAAUACAGAUUUUAGUAUUGUGGGUGCACAAUUGACAAGAUCUGCUCUUGCAUUACUCCCAAUCUAUAUAAAAAUGAUUAAAGAAAUCAUCUCAGUUCAUUACUGGUUGCCAGCUCCAAUUUUACUGUUAGGUGAAAGGCUGUGAAUCAGAACCUUAAAUUUUUAAAAGAUUAGAUUACUGUUAUUAUAGAAAGCUCUUGGUUUUCUGAUGGUUUCUUCCAUCUUUCUGGAAGAGGUGAUUAUCUUUUUCUAAAUGCAAACUGCAGAGCUUUUAAGAAGUGUGGGUUUAGAUUUGCUCUGAAGGACGAAUACAUACCAGGAGAGGGCAAUGCUAAAUCAGUGGUAAUUAAUUAAUGGUAUUUUUUAAGGGGGCUGGGGGCAUUUUGGCUAAGAGACCAUACACUAGCUUCCAAGUAAAAAAGGAACUUGCUGGUUAUUGUACUUUGGCAUUCUCCUGAUAUUUUAAUAUAUUAUGUAUAUGACUUCUAUCUUUAUGUGAAACAAGUGAAUAUACAGAGAUCUCAUCAUUGGCCUUGAAAUUUGCUACCUUGGUGGUGAAACAAGGACUGACCAAGCUGAAGAAAACUUCAGCUCCUAAUGGCUAAGAAGCUUGGAUAAUCACACUUAAUUCUGCAGGCUGAACCUUACUCCAUGGUUUUGUGGUCUCCAAGUGUGAAAAAAUCAAUUAUUACUAGCAAAGUUGGUCAGAGAAAUGGGAGAAAAGGAUGGGAAAUGAAUGACAGCAUGCAAGAGUCUCGCUUCAAUUUUUUUGAUCACCAAUUCUCUGGCUUUUUUCUUCCUCAUAUCUUACGUCCCUUGGUUAGGAACACAAUCCACACUUGGUUUCACUGUGGAGAAGACUCAGGAAAAGGGAAAACAUAUUUUGGCUACUGUUUGUGAAGUUAUUCAGUAUUGAAUAUACUUACUUAACAUAUUCCCAAACUGCAGAUCACAAAAACACAAACAAGCAACAACAAAAAACACCAACAAAUAUCUAUAACAACAAGCAAGCGCUAGUACAAAGAAAAGUGAUAUAAAUCGAGAGGGAAAAUGAUCCUGCUUUCUCUACUUGGCUUGCGUUCACCAAACUCUGUCUUUGCUGACUCUGAAGCUUCUUUCAUUUUAAGCUUAUAAUUCUUAUAGGUUUAGUCCCAGUAUGCAAUUACCCUUGGCUGUGAGAGGUGGCUGAGCAGUUAGACAAAUGCUACUAAAUAGGAUGAAAGGUGAACUUGCACUUAAAAAGUUAGGUUGGAAUCUAAAGCAUACAAUUCAGUCUUCUAGGAGGUUACAGUAUAGUACUAAUGAAUAUAUUUUGGGAAAUAAAUUUGAUGCGAGGCUUAAAUAAACCAGACUUGACUUCUAUAAUAAAUUUAGAAACUCUUUUACCAAAGGUCCUCAUUGCAGGUUUUGGGGAUAAAGGGUAGAGUGCUAUAAAUCUAUUAUUUAAAGAAAACUAAAAUGAAUUCUAGAUGUUUCUGAUUAACAGUAAGCCUUUAUUUUCCCUGCAUAACAUAUUUGACCCUUGGCCCAUCAGAACCGUAGCUGCACUGAUGUAUUAGAGACCAUUACACAUGUGAAUUUACUUGGUUUAGCAGGAAGCCUAUAUGACUGUUUAAAUAUUUGCUAUAUUGUUGUACCAAAAUACAAUUCUGUGUCUACUGCUCAUUGUAGUCUAUCCAAAGGCAACUGGGCAGCAGUAUUCUGAAAUACGUACACCAAAAAUACACCAUUUACAAUUCAUCAAGUUAAAGUAACCCAGUGAUAAUCUCUGUGCGUGUGUAUGUGUGUGUGUGUGUGUGUGUGCGUGUGUUUGUAUUUCCUGCUAACAGUAUGCAGUUUGCUUCCCUAAACAUCAAAGAUGCUUCAGAAAGAAGAUUCUCUAAUGUCUUUCUCUAUCUUUUCUAUUCAGGAAUUUUACUCUUCCAUAUCUGGCCAUGACCUUGGUCUCAAACAUUCUUUUGAAAGUAUACAGAUGUAUAUGCAAAACAAUAGAAGGAUUUGGUGUAGUUCACACACAUAGGCUCUGAUAUAGCUUUAAUAAUUUCCCCUCAUAUUUCAAAUAUUCUGAAAUCAUGUAUCAUCUUUUUCAAAGACUGAAAUAGGUUAUUUGCAUAUGAAAGAGUGAUAAAUUUUUUUUGAUAAAGAAAAUGUGGCUAGUUCAUAAUUGCUUUUAGGCCUUAUAAUCAAAAAAUUAAAAAUUAGGAUAUUGUUUGAGACCCAUUUAGUAUGAAAUAAAAUUCUACAUAUAGAUGUGCUGGGGGCAAAAAAUCUUGACAAUGUAAGGGUAUUUACAUGGCAGAAAGAAAAGGAAGAAGGUAUAUCAAGAAUAGCCUGCACUGAAACAUGAAAACAUAUUAAGUAGAGGGCCCCAGAGUAUCCAACAUUUUUAAGGUAAAGAUUGAUCAAGGUGAAAAAAAAAAAAAAAAAAACUCAGUCUCUUAUCUUUUUGGGAUAAUCUUCAAGAUAUUUAGAUAAAGUAGAAGAGUUAGAUGAGUGCUUACAAAUACAAUGUGGCACUCUAAGGCAAUAUAAUUUUAAAAUAUUGUGUUCAACUACUUAUUUGUUGUUUCAGCUUGUUUUAAUAAGAAUCUUGAAAAUAAUGAUAUCAUUAACUAUCACAGACAUAGCAUGUGAAUGCUGGGUAAGCAGUCAUACUCUGCUGAGAAGCUGUCUGUUUCUCUUCAAUAUAGUAGCACAGAAUCAAAUAUCUUAUAAAACUUAUCCUGAAAUUACAUAUGCAUCAUUAUAUUUGAUUAGAAUGUGAUUCUGUACAACAGCUACUGAUAAAAAUGAAUCUAAAAAGUUACCUUCCAAAAAUCAAGUUCCCUGCGAUUCUUUCUCUUCUUUUGCAAGAAGAAAUGUGAAUUCCUAAAAGCUCUGUACAUAUUAGAUAGGAAGCAGCUGGGACACCACUGUCUUCUUAUGCUCCAUCGGGAUACAGAACAAGAUACAUCUGGCUGUAUGAGAGAAAAAAGAAAUCUAGAAUUAAUGUAGCACACUGUCAAUUAGGAUCCAAAUUUGGAUACUGAAUGAAGCCUUCUCAAAACACAUACCAAUUCACAUCCUUCUGUUUCUUAAACUGCUGCCAACAGAACUUCCGAAAUUUCAACCUUAUUUGAGAAAACUAUAUAAAUUGUAUGUAAAAUUAUAUAAUUAAAUUUUAUAAUAUGUUUAGCAGUAAAAUGUAAAACUGCUGUUCAUUUUUUGUUUUGCCCAGGAUUAAGAAAAAAGAAAAAUAGAGAGGAACUUGCUGCAAGGCAGACAAUAAAUGAAGCUAUUUUAAUGAAAGCACAUGAUAUUGGAAAAAUCUUUGUUUUGUAAAUUUUGUUCUAUGCAGAAAAUGAGCACAUCUAUAUAUCCCUUGCACCAAAAACAGAAAGGAAGGCCUAUGAAAAUCUGACCAUGAAGUCUUAUUUUUCAUUAUUUGGUCUAGUAAUUUAAUUUCAUUUUCCAGAUUAUUAAUGCUGCACUUUAUUAUAUAUUUGAUGCUGAAUUGCUGAAUUUGACUUGUCCAAAUGACAUCAAUCCUGUCUUUAUCUCAUUUCCAGAAGUAGUGAAUAUAUUGCUUUUUAUCCUGGUGAAAGGGAAGAUUCAAAGUUGUUUGAAGGAGAGGGGCUGAUCUGUGUGGUGGCAGUAGAACAUAUUCUGAUUGAUGUCCUCUAACCUUGAAAACUUGCCAGAGCAUCCACCUAGUUCAACCCUAGUUCAGUUAUCAUGGUGGAAACCCAUUAUGGGCACCCUUAGCAACUAUUGUGCCUAUAUAUUAAUAAGUCUACUGAAUGACAAUUAGUUCAUCUCAUUACUUCUUCAGCCCUUACUUCCACAUUGAAAGAAGUAAAAAGUAGAACUCACCAAUUGCUAUUUAAGCAC